AUGUCAUAUACUAUUUCAGAAGUUAACGGUGUUAAGAUUUACAAUCUUUCCGCUGGUAAAACUCUUCCUCAGUUCCUUGAGGAAGCCAAAAAGAAGAAUGCUUCACUUAAAUAUAAUUAGGAUUUCAGAAAGCGUAUAGAACUUAUUUAGGAUUUUGAUUUCCCUGUUGCAUGCAAUUAAGUAGAAAUCACUAAUGACGAGCAAUAUAUUAUAGCAACUGGUGUUUAUGCACCAACCAUUAAAAUCUAUGAAACUUAAGAAUUAUCAAUGAAGUGUUUGCGUGGUGUUGAUUCAGAAAUUGUGAAAUUUACAAUUCUUGAUGAUGAUUACACUAAAAUAGCAUUUGCUGAAUCUGAUCGUAACAUUGAAUUUCAUGCUCAAUAUGGAAAGCAUUACAAAACAAGAAUUCCCAAAUUCCCUCGUGACAUAACAUACAAUCCCUUUACUUGUGAUUUACUUAUUAGCGCUUCAUGCAAUGAAAUCUACAGAAUUUCUUUGGAAGAAGGAUAGUUUUUAAAGAGCUUUGAAAGUGCUGCUUCAGAUAUAAAUACUUUACACUUUAAUAAGCAACUAAAUUUCUUAACAUCUGGUGGCAAUGGAGGUAUACUUGAAAUUUGGGAUUAUAGAUAAAGAGCUAAAGCAACAAGCAGAAUUGUUAAUAAUGGUUAGGAUAUCACUCACAUUAAUUUUGAUAGCUCUGGAUUAGUUAUGGGUGUUGGUAGUGAAAAGGGUCUCGUUAGACUUUAUGAUAUUCGUUAUGAUGCUCCUCUAAUUGAAAUAAAGCACCACUACAAGAUGCCUAUUAAUACAAUUAAAUUCCAUGAAAAAACAAGAAAUGUUUUGAGUAGUAAUGAAAGAGUAAUUAAAGUUAACAAUAAGGAUAAUGGUAAAGUAUACACCUCUAUUGAACCUAAUUCAGGUAUCAAUAGAUUUACUAUUGUACCAAAUAGCGGUUUAAUUCUUGUAGCAUAGGAAGAACCCAGAAUCGGAACUUACUUUUUACCUCAAUUAGACAAUGCUCCUAAAUGGUGUAAUUUCUUAGAAAAUAUUACUGAAGAAUUAGAAGAAACUCAAAGCACUUUAGUUUAUGAUGAAUUUAAAUUCCUUAGUUACGAAGAUUUAGAAACUCUCAAGGCUACUAAUUUAUUAGGAACUCCCAUGCUUAAGCCCCAUCUUCAUGGUUACUUGAUGCACAUGAAGCUUUACAAUAAACUCAAAACUAAGGCUGACGUAUUUAAUAUUUAGGAAUAUUAAAAGAAUGAAGUUGCUAAAAAAUAUGAAGAAUCAAAUAAGAGCAGAUUAAUUGCUGAACCUAAGAAAGUCAAAGUUAACUAGGAAUUUUUACAAGAUUUAAAAGAAAAAAGCAAUAAAGGAAAGAAAGAUAUUGAUCCAUUCUUUAGUUUGGUAGAGGAUGAUAGAUUUAAAAAUAUGUUUGAAGAUGAAAAAUUCGUUGUAAAUAAAAACGAUGAAGCUUAUAUCCGUGCUCAUCCUAGUGAAAAAGGUAGACAAGUUAGAUAAAAAUUGAAAGAUGCUGAAGUUGAAGAAAUAGAAGCAGAAAAUAAAUAACUCUUAGGUAUGGAAGAAGACAAGGCUAAAAAGUACGAAUUAAAACAAAAGAAAAUAUAACAAAAAUAAUUAAAAAAUGAUAAGUUUGAAAAAAUUAAACUUAUAAGAAAGGAAAAGAAAAAUAAAGAAACCUUUGAAAAAAAAAUUCAAAAAAAACAAAAAAGAGAGUCAGAAUAAAGCUUGCCUAAAUUUGGAGGAAAUAGAAGCUUCAAUAAGAAAUUCAACAAAAAGAAAUGA